AGGCUUCAGUUACUGACUGCUGUUUACGAACUGAAGUUAAAUCGGUUAAGAUAUUGUAUUGCGUCUACUGUCUCCCAGUAUCUCUAGUAGAAAUUUGAUUUUUUCGGAAAUUUUCCACGCAGAAAAUUCAUCGAGAUAAUGAAAGGGUAAUCGUUCAAAUUGUCGAACAUCAAGAAGCUGGUAACCAAAGGAAUAAUGACUCAAGCGAAUAAUGCAGAGCUCCGCGCUACAGACCAUGCACCAGAACGGAAAAGAACAACAACACUCGGGAUACGUCACCUUCAUGUCGCUCUACUAUUUACCUGUAUUGCUGCAUCAUACACCUUGCGAGUAAAUCUUUCCGUGGCCAUUGUGGCAAUGAUCGAUAAGGAUUCGGCGAAUCCAGACUUCGAAGAUUUUGCAUGGAAUGAACAAACUCAAUCACUUGUGCUGAGCAGUUUCUUCUGGGGUUACAUCCUGACUCAAAUUCCUGCCGGUCAAAUAGCUGAAAAGAAAGGAGCAAAAAUUAUCUUACUCGCGUCGAUGUUGGUAGGCGCAAUCAUUGCAAUCAUUACACCAAUAUGUACGUCACUUGGUGGUUGGGAAGGAAUGUGUGCAUUGCGUGUUAUUUCCGGAAUGUGUCAGGGUGUCGUGUAUCCGUCGGUGCAUACAUUACUGUCCAAAUGGAUACCAGCAGCUGAACGAGGACCGCUAGGAACGUAUUGUUAUGUUGGGGCCGAAUUCGGUACGGUUAUCAUGCUAGCACUCAGUGGUGUGAUAGCUUCUUCGUUCAUGGGUUGGCCAAGUAUUUUCUAUUUUUCGGGAGCGGUAUCUCUGUUAUGGUCAGUAGCUUGGUGGUGGUUAGGAAGUAAUAAUCCCGACGAGAAUCGUUGGAUAUCGGACGGUGAGAAGGAUUAUAUAUUGGCAUCGAUGUCAACUAAUACUGAGGACGAUCGUAAUGAAAAGAGUGCGAUGAAAUUGUCAACUCCAUGGUUGCCCAUACUAACAUCGAUUCCGUUUUUCGCAUUAACUUUAACUCAGGCAGCACAAAUGUGGGGAUAUUGGACACUGAUGACGAAAACACCAGCUUACAUGAAGAAUAUUUUAAAAUUUGAACUGAAAGAGAAUGCUCUUCUAUCUGCCCUGCCGUAUCUAGCCAAACUCGUGAUGAGCUUUGUAUUAAGCGUGCUGGCACAAUUUCUUCAACGAAGACAAUUGUUUUCGUUGAAUUUCAGUCGCAAAUUCUUUAAUUCAAUUGGUCAAUGGAUACCCGCUGUGCUGUUGAUUGGAUUCAGUUAUGUUUCUCACGAAAAUGCAGAAGUGGCGGUGUCUUUACUUACGAUUGCAGUCGGAAUAAAUGCUGCACCUUACCUGGGAUAUCAAGUAAAUCACAUUGACCUAGCGCCAAACUAUGCUGGAACGUUGAUGGGAAUUACGAAUGGAGUGGCCAAUAUAUUUUCAAUAGUUGCUCCUCUUAUUGUGGGAUUUAUAGUUACAGAUGAGACGAAUCCUGACCAGUGGAGAAUUAUAUUUUUCAUUGCUGCUGCAGUCUAUUUCAUUGGAAAUUUAAUGUUUGUAAUUUUCGGAAGAGUUACCACUCAACCGUGGAAUGAUCCUAAAGGCAAUAAAUCACCGGGAGAAAUAUCUUCAGUAAAUGAUUACGGCAGUCAGAAUGAAACUGCGGUAAAAAUGUGAAAAUUAUGUUAAGAGUUAAAUGGAAGACCCAAUUAAAUCUA